AUGUCAGACAAUAACCCCGAAUGGGCCGAUGUAACCCCCAUUAAACUGGAUGAUGGCUCUGAGUCGGGUGCUAUGCCUCUGGCGACGAUUGCCUACCCAUCCGACUAUCUCGAAGCAACUUCCUAUCUGCGCGCGGUGAUGGCCGCCAACGAGAUGUCUGAACGAGCUCUCAAGUUGACCAAAGAUGUGAUCUCGAUGAAUCCAGCACAUUACACCGUCUGGACCUUUCGUGCCAAAAUCCUGUUCGCCCUGGACAAGGACCUUCUCGAGGAACUUGAAUGGUUGAACGGAGUCUCUCUGAAAUAUCUCAAGAAUUAUCAAAUCUGGCACCAUCGCCAAGUCCUAACCUCAUCACAGAAACAUUUCCCUACAAUGCCCGCCAAAGAGCCCGAAUUUCUCAUGGAGAUGUUUACUCAAGAUUCCAAAAACUAUCACGUCUGGACAUAUCGCCACUGGCUCGUCCGCCAUUUCAAGCUCUGGGACUCCCCCCGCGAGAUCCAAGACGUUGAGACUCUCAUCAAAGCUGACGUCUACAACAACUCCGCCUGGAACCACAGGUACAUGCUCCGUUUCGGUCCUCGCGCCGAUCAACCCGACGCCGGCAUGGUGAAUGCGGGUGAUUCCGGAACGAGUCCUGAAGACAAGGGCCGACUGCCUGUGGUGGAUGAGGACCUGGUCGAUGCGGAGUUGAAGUAUGCGCAGAAGCAGAUUCUGAGAGCACCUGAGAAUCGCAGCUCGUGGUGGUAUGCGCGGGGGGUGUUGCGUGCCGCUUCUAGGGGAUUGGGAGAAUGGGAAGAAUUUGCGGCGAGGUUUGUGGAUGGCGAGGCUACGAAAAGUAGUCAUGCGGUGGAAUGGUUGGCUGAUGUUUAUGCGGAGAGUGAGAAGGCCAAGUCUGUGAAAAUGCUCACCCUGUUGAAGGAAAAGUAUGACCCCAUUCGGAAGAAUUACUGGGAUUAUCGAAUCCGACAGUUGGGGGAAGUAGCGUGA